ACGUCAGAGUAACUUUAAUCUUUCAAAAGUAUAUUGAAGAAACUUAAAAUAUGCAAAUGAAUAUAUUUGCCCAUUAUUUCUUCCAUGCACACAGUCCAUUUUGCGUCUCCUGUUGGUUGCACAGAGAGUCGCAGCCUCGCUUCAUCUGAGACAAGGGACUCGUUUUGUUGUCCAUCUCGACAAACCCACAUUACUCCCAAACGCUGAUUACUGGGCACAGAUAACGCCACAUCGCAGGUAUGUCGAAAUUAAAGCUGAUAUCCGCAACUGAUACACAGUUUCCUCUGUCAUUGUUGGAGUCCAUCAGUGAACAGCGAAACAAUGGAUUAUUCUGUGACGUGACCAUCAUUGUGCAGGACCGGAAAUUUAAGGCACACAAGACAAUGUUGUCUGCAUCUAGCACUUACUUUCGCCAACUUUUUUCAGUUGCAGGACAAGUUAUCGAGUUAAAUUUUAUCAAGGCGGAUAUAUUUGAAGACAUCCUGAAUUACAUAUACAGCUCAAAAAUCCAUAGAGUUCGGUCUGACAGAUUGGAAGACCUUAUAAAUGCUGGCCAGAUCUUAGGUGUCAAAUUCAUUGCCAAUCUUGCAACGCCACUUUCCCAAGUCAAGGGAUUACCUGGCUUGUCAAAUGAAGGAGAGAACGGUAAUGGGAAUGCCAGUGAGAAGUGUGAAGCAGAGAAUAUGCCAAUCAUCACUGAAUCAUUCUCACUGUCUGCUGAGGAAUUCAAAAUGGCAGCUAGUGGUACUGACAAGGACGACUCUGACAACGAUGACGUUCUCUUUGUCUCCAAGACGGACGCGCCGAAGACUAAGUCACCUGUAGAUGGAAAUGUCGAGGAAGGCCCUGAAGCUAAAAAACAGAAAGUUGUAAACGAUGAAGAAGUCAACACUGAUGUGGUGAACGCUCAAAAUGAGAAGAGAGAGCUCCCUUCUCAGGGUGCAGUGGGAGAAAGUUUCCCACAAGAUGCGGCACAACCCCAGCCGGACGCAAGCCCUAUGGUGUCCCCAGACCCCAGCACCAGUAUUCCUGCCUCUCCUAGAUCCUCCACACAGAGUGCACCAUCCACUCCAGCUCGCCAGAACAGCUUCACUCCUGAAUCCCACAAUGCCCCUCUUCCUCUAGAAGCCAGUGAAGUUCUUGGAGUCCAGAAGAAGAAGGUACUUCUGGAGCAGACGUCCGACCAGCCAGGCAAAAUCAGACUGUCGGACGUGAGACCUACCUUCAGCACUAACAAUGGUCCUGGUAUGGACAUCUCUCCGACCGUGUCCACUAAAAAGACGAUAACAUUAGAUAAAGCCUCGGAAAUCGAUUCGCUCUCACCAGGGUGCAAGGUUUACGCCAACAUAGGGGAGAACACCUAUGACAUUGUCCCUGUGAAAGAGGACCCGGGGGAAGGAGAUUCUCGAGCCGGCCCUGGGAAGAAGUCACAGACGCCAGGGCACGGCACGGGAAAUCCGUCAAACAGUUCACCUCGAAGCAAGAAGAAAGGCAAACUGGAGCAAGAAGAUCAUUAUGAGCUCAUAAUGGAUGGCAAGACUUUUUACGUGUGCAUCGUGUGCAAGCGACCCUACGUGUGUCUGACGAGUCUCAGGCGUCACUUUAACACUCACUCCUGGGAGAGGAAGUACCCAUGCCGUUACUGCGACAAAGUGUUUGCCCUGGCGGAAUACAGAACCAAACAUGAGAUCACUCACACAGCGGUGCGGCCCAGGCUGGCUCGCUUGUGUCUCGCUCAGCCACUCACUCACUCACGUACGUGUAAGAGGCCGGAGAGUAUCAACACAGAAGGGCCGUGUGGAUGCGCUUUACAUCACUAACACUUCGGUGUCCUUGCUGUUCAUUGAUUCUUUUUCUAAAUUAAUGUGUUCAUUUUUGUUUUAAGUCAUGUUUAUAAAACAGUUGGCUUGUCUACCUAUUGUAUUACAUUACCUUUACCUGUUAUAUUAAUUUGUACAUUUCUUGAUUUGCAAAUCAAGAAAUCAUUUGAUCAACUGAUUAUUGAGUUACACCAAUGGGCCCACAUAGUACUGUAUCACUUAACAUAUUAACUGUUGAACCAGUUUAAAGACGUAACGUGUUGAAUUCACAGACUCCCAGGUCAUUGUUGGGGCUUGUAAAUGUAAUGUUGGAUGAAGCUGCCAUCGCACAAUUAUGCAGAGAACCUUCCACGAAUCAUGUUAAACAAUAACGUAACAGGCAUGAAUGAAGUUAAAUGUGCAACAAAUUUAUUUACAUUCUUGAUGAGUAUGAGUGUUGAAUUCUUCAGGGGAGGAUGCAUUCUGUACACCUUUUACUGUUUUGAUCAAUAUAUCACAAUAAUCUCCAGAUAGAAACUAUACUACACAGCCCUGUGUUAUCCUCACCAAUGUCAACUUCUGCUAAAUUCUGCAGAGAAACCUAAAGAUCCAGGAUGAAAUCCUGAUUUCUUUAAAAAAAAAAGAAACAAAAACAUUUGUGUCAAUGAAUUCUAUAUAAUACUUUUCCUGGCAGAUUAGAGUUGGAUCGGUUUAAUACAGGGUGGGCACGGUAAACAAAAAGAGGCAGAUUUAG